AUGUUUCUGCUUUCCAUGAUGAUGCAUUCAAUUACGAAUUUGGAUAGUAAUAGAAGUGAAGCCUCGCCCUCUCCCCCUAUACAUAUAUGUACUGUAUACGAGAUCAAAAAAUUGGGCUACGCUUCAUUUAACGUUUUUGAUUAUACUGGUGUAUCGGCUGAUUUCCUGAAAGACGAGCGUGGCCGACUGAACGGAUAUGAUCAAGGACGCUUGGAAAAAUCUCAAAACGAGCGCUUGUCAUCGUCGGACUCUAUAAAAACGAUUGCAUUCUCGGUUUACUCACAGUCACGUGUUGUCCUUCCGGAAAUUGUGCGUGGCCUGCUACCAAAAAGUAUGACACGCUUCGGGCCAGCAUCAGCCAUGGUUGAUUUGUUGAACGAUCUCGAACGGAAGGAGCCCAUCUAUUAUAAA